AUGGAUACAAUCUUCCGAUGUUUAUUGAUGGGUCGGGUUGCCAAAGAGCCGGUGGAUGCGUUUCCGAUGUCGAUGCUGAAUGUCCUUCAACUCCUCCCCUGUCUCGUAGACUGGACCACUGAAGGCAAACACAGAGAAGAGGACGAUGUGUCCUUUCCCAGACAGAAAAAGGUCACCUGUCUCGUAGAUACGAUCUGGUUGGGGACUCUUUUGCUCUGUCUUCCCCCUUUCUAUUCAUUCUUACUCGCCCCGUACCCUUCUGAACGGUUGUUCCUCAUUUUCUUCUUCUUCUCAGCCUACUUGUUCAAAAUCGAUCUUCUUUCAGAAAUCAUGGCUCUUCCCGAUUCUGAAUUGAACAUCAUGAAGGAACAAUUCAAAGUACUCAAAGAUCAAUUCUUGGAGCAACGUUCCCAAUUGUAUGCUGCGACGAAAAACAGGGAAAAUGAGGAGUAUGUGACUGAUUUGGAGAAAAAACUCAAACAAGCGCAACAGGAAAAUGAGGAUCUGAAACAAAUCAUUGCAAUGAAUCAAGUGAAAGCAGGAGAUGAUUUGAAAGAUCUUUUGAUGCAAUUGGAAACAGAACGAGAGAAGAACAAGGCAAAAGGCUAUUGGAACUUGACCAAGGUGGGACUGCUGAUGGAGAAACUCUCGGACCGAUUCGACGAAAGCGAGGAAAUAAUGUUGACAAACUGUCAAUACGCAAAAACUUACCUCGAACCACAACGCAUCCAAGAAACGAUCGAUCGCUAUUUGAUUUUAAUUGGGAAAACUGUGAGAAACAAGAAGGAAAGCUUUGACGAUCUCACCAAACAACUGGACGAAGCAAAUAAAAACGCUGCUUAUUACAAGAAGAAGUUCGACGAAUCAGAGUCUCAGCUGAAGUUCGAUGCACGACUCACAGCGCAGAUCCAGGAGAAGAUCAAUCAGAUGAGUAUUUCAUUGGAAGGCCACAAGAAGUUAGUUGCUGAGUUGGAAGAGGAGAAGAAGAAGGGACAAAGGCUCGCAGAGGGUGUUCUGGACGAUCUGGAAGAGAACCACAGCUAUGGUGAUGAGGUCGAAAAGGUCGAUGAGGACGACGAUAAAGAGGAGGACCAAGAUGAAGAAAAAUAA